AUAUAUAUGUGUGUGUGUGAAUGUGUGUGUCGUUUUACCCGCAGUGCUUCAAAAUUCGAAUUAUCGUAUGAACUUCUUCGAAGGAACAGACGAACGAACGAAACGAAAUGCAAGCAGAAAUGAGGAGUGAAGUGAAAUGACUAUAAUUGGUGUCCCCGCCUACAGCCCAGUCAUUAGUAGUGGGAUUUUUUUUUUUUUUUUUUCGGGGAAACUUGAGGAAUUCAAAUUUUUACGAAACAUCAAAGUUUCGGAUGGUCCGAAACCCGACGCUCAAAGUUCCAAAAGUGCGCAAAUGAGAAGAUUAAAAAAUCCGUAACAUCGAAAUUCCGAAUUAUCAAAAAUUUUACAGUUCCAUGAAUUUUUGGCUCGGUGAAAUUCCACCACUUUGAUCCUUCUUUGUUUUGGAUUCUCGGUUUUUCUCAUCUUUUACACCCACGCGUCGAGUAAACUACGCUGUCUGAGUAUAUUCUAAUUUUCCGAAUUUUCCCCCAUCGAAACUAUAUUUUUCCUAACUUUUCUCUAUCGUAAUUUGAAUUUUCGAAAUCUUUCAUUUCUAAACUUUUUUUCUCUCAAACUUUUAUUUCCGAUCGUACGAAGCCUCGUUGUUUCUCCAAAAUUUCAUCUCCUUGCUUCAAGUUUCGCCGCAAAACAAAUCGGCCUUGUGCCUUUUUGCAACUUCAACCCCGCCCCGGUAAUUCGCAGUCGACGAUUCGUCAACAUCCGCGUGCGUUUUAAUUAUUACACACAAAACUGGUGCGCAAAAUAUUCGAGAUAAGAAAUAAGUCGAGACAAUACAUUUGUACCUCGUGUAUUCGUGUCGUACCGAAAGGCGGCAGCAGCGUCGCCUGAAGAAAAAAAUCCAAUCCCACGAAUUCCAAAUCAGUGAUAAGAAAAGCGUUGCACCGUACAGCCUGUAACGCCGUGCGACGCGUGUGAUGUGAAAGUUUCUACCCAUAAAUAUGAAAUUUGCAAAAAGACUCGAUCGGUGAACGAAUAAAUUCAUUGAUUAACUGAAUCCUCCCUCCUUAUAUUUUUUUUUUUCCAUCGAUAGUAACCAAAAGAGAUUUGACUGACUGUACGAAAACGCGAAUAUUAUAUAAAUUACAAACACGAGUUAAAUGUUUAAAAGUUUCCACGGUGUGCUUUGGAUCUCUGUUUUUUAAAAAUUAUUAUAAUUAUUAUUUUUUUUUUUUUUUUUAACAAUUCUACAACGGCGUUUAUAUCCUGUGGGAAUUUGGAUUAUUAAAAGAAGAAUGAAUGUAACAACGACGACGACAAAAAUGACCAUAAUUGUUCAAACGAACGUCAACGGACCUGGUACCGCAGCUGCUGGGAAUGUUCGACGAGAUUGUGCGUAGAGGGACGUCAAGCUGCAACAACCAUGCGGUAUUGCAAUCGACCUGCGGCAUACCGGUAGCGUUGCAAAAACGAUUGAGUUUGGUGUCACGUUCGUCGCGUCGAGGUUCACUUUUGAAUCCAUUAUACGUAACCGAUUCGGGAUCCCUGAUGUCGACAACGUCGUCGUCGUCGUGUUCGGUCGGUGGGUUACAGAACGAGGACAACAAGAACCACCAGCAAAACCUUAAUCAUCAUCAUCAUCAACAUCAUCAUCGUAACAAUAAUAGUCAUAAUCGAGAAGCGAUGGAUUCCGCGAAAGAAACGACAACGACAACGUCGCCGACGGAAAGAGACUCCAGCAGGGUGGAGAUAACGUUGACCGACAACGGGGACGAUGAUGAAAAUACCAAAUCUGUAAGCAACGAUCGAUUGGAAGUUAACGAUGAAGAAAAAUCGCUCGACAAUAGAAGAGGAUCGGACAACGUGGUCAACGGUUCGAACGGAACAACCCAUCAGCUUCUCGACUAUCCAAGAAAUUCGACAAAUUCUGCCUCCUACAGCAAUAACAGCAACGCAAAAACAACUCAAUCUGGUAACAAUGGAGGUCCGUCACCGCUAAGGUACAACAACAGACGAUGUAGAAGCGGCAACAAUACCAACGGUGGAUCCCGACCAUUGUCCGGAAGCUCAAUAGCUUCGAGUACAUCAUCGAGUGGUUGCAGUAACCAGGGUAUAGCAUCGGCGGUAAACCCCUAUUUAGCAUCGGUUGAAUCACUGGCCGAUACUUGCGCGAGUUCCCAAGGAUCUGCGGAUAGCGGCGUUGUUACGGUAUCGGAGAGUAUUUGUCGCGGCGAAGAGACCGGAGUGACCAACAGCAAUCUACAGCGGCGAGAUAGCGCGGAAAGGCCACCAUCCACUUACAACAAUCAACCGAGACCACGUUACAGCGAUCCGCAUCGCAACCCCGUCGAAAGAGUACUUCUGGAAAUUGUCGAUACCGAAGCCGUGUACGUCGAACAUCUGCGACAAGUGAUAGAGGGAUAUCUUAUAUUUUGGAGAGAUGACCCUUUGUCACUGGUGGACCAAGCUCAACUCUGCGAUUUAUUCAGCAAUAUCGAAGACAUUUAUGAAUUCAAUAGUGAGUUUCUCAAGGAAAUAAAAAAUUGCGGAUUGGAUCCAGUUUGCGUGGCCAAUACUUUCAUCAAACACAAUUCGGGGUUCGAGGUCUACACCGAAUACUGUACAAACUAUCCGAGAACAGUCGCUGUGCUGACGGAUCUGAUGGGUCAGGAACGAACUGCGAACGCGUUUCGAGAAAGACAAGCAGCCCUUGGUCAUGCGUUACCUUUAGGCUCAUUCCUGCUGAAACCGGUUCAAAGAAUACUAAAAUAUCACCUUCUGUUACAGAAUUUAUCGAAGGAAUGCGAUGCCGAUGUUGAGGAAAACGAGUUGACGAUAAGCGCCAUCGAAGGGGCCUUAGCUGCAAUGACGGGUAUUGCAAGGCACAUUAACGUGAUGAAAAGAAAACACGAACACGCCGUCCGUGUUCAAGAGAUUCAAUCAUUACUCUACGGUUGGCCAGGACCAGACUUGACUACCAGCGGAGAAUUGGUUGCAGAGGGACGAUUUCGAAUGCGAGGAGCAAAAGCACCUAGACACGCGUUUCUCUUCGAUAGAAUGCUUUUACUUACAAAGAAAAAAGAAGACGGACUACUGGUCUACAAAGCUCACAUUGUGUGUUCGAAUUUGAUGCUCAUCGAAAGCAUUCCCGGAGAGGCGCUCAGUUUUCAUGUUAUUCCUUUCGAUAAUCCUCGUCUCCAAUACACGUUGCAGGCUCGCAACUUGGAACAGAAACGGGAAUGGACGAUGCAAAUAAAAAGGGUGAUUCUAGAAAAUUAUAACGCAGUCAUUCCCUCGCAUGCCAGACAGCUAGUGAUGCAACUUGGACAGACACAACCCGAAGACGAAGGUACGGCGGAUAAGGGAUCGGCGAAAAAACAACAUUCGGCACCUCCUGAAUAUUUAGAGAAAAGAAAACAGGAGAGAGAGAGACGCAAGCCUGAAACUGGCCUCAGAAACAAGUUGCGAAAAAGUGGACGUAAAACCGAACCUAACGUGUCCGCCAUCGAGGUGAGCACUGCAAUUUGGCACAAUGUGAUACUUCCUCAACUUGACACAUGUAACAAUCUUUCCUCUUCUAACCUUUGGGUCAAGGACAUGCCGAGUACCCUGAGUAAAAAUCAGUCCACGGAGUCGAUAACGAGUAACGGUCGAGACCAAAGUCUGAACAGAUCCGCCGACGGUCGUUCUUUGAAAGUCAAGGACCGUUUUGCAAGUUGGCGCAGAAAGUCUGAACCCGGUUUCCAGUCAUACGUAUCGUUGAAUCGGUCGGACGAAGAAGAAAAGGACAGCGAAACUUGCACCGAGGAGACGCUGGUCGACCCAGAACCUUACGAGUUACCGGACGACGUAGAGAUCGCGGAAGAAGCUACACAGCUAUUGAACAACAGCAAUAAUUCUUCUGCCCCGCCACCUCUCCCUUCAAACCCUCCUGCGGCGACGAUUACCAAAGAUAAAAAUAAAGAUAACCAAGAGCAGCAAGCGCAGCAAACAAUGGAGGAGAUAGUUGGUCACAUAUUGAUGCAAAAUCGAGACUUUCAAAAAUUAUUAGAGAAGCAGAGAACGAGUAGCAUUAUAAACAUGCGUCAGCAGCAGCGUUUCAAUAAGCACAUGCUCUCCGUCGAUACGUCGGACAGUGAGACGGAGAACGAUACUGCCAAUAAUAAUAACAACAACAACAAUCACAGGGGUACAAGAUCGAUGCGAUUGACUAGACGCGAGCAAAGAUUGGUGAGAGCUAACAAUGCCAGGAAUUCAACGUCGCCUCCGCCGCGCGAAGAUCACCACACAAGUUUGCAGCUUCGUUACGAUAAUCUGAGAGUAGAAAAUGAUCAUGAAAGCGAUUUGUCGGCGUCGUCUGUUAAAAAUUGUACGAAUCGAAUAAGCGAGAAACGUGCGAUAUUCGAAGCAUUUAAAAAACAGAGUAUCGUCACCGAGAGUAAAGUGAUACAAACCGCGCUUCGUAUCAGGGAAAAUUCGACAGUGGAAACUGAACGAGAGGACGUGAAAAAGGAGCCUAUAUAUGAGACCAUCCCUGGCGAAGACGAGAUUACGAAACCGGAUGAAGAAGAAGAGGAUGAUGCUGCCACCAAGGGCGCCAAAAGUAACGACGAGUCCAAAGGUUUCGGCAACUACGAUAACUUGCAAAGAGUUUGGGAAGGCGUAAGGCAACAGGACGAGGAAAUCGACGGAGGUGAUAGUCCGACAAGGCCGGCUGUUUGGUUAACGAAAUUGUGCGAAGGCCUGCCUAUGACAACGCAAAAGUCUGGUUCGCUGCCUAGAAGUUUCCAGAUAAAUCCUCACGACAAUCCUUCCUACCCGCAAGUAACGAAGUCGAGAUUCUUGCAGAGGGAUGGAAAACCGAUGAGCGAACGACCGUUUACAAUAGCGUCAGAUAAACCAGCUGAAAUCAACCUCGAGGACAUGGAGAGAUACGUAUCGUCCUGUCAACCGGAAGGUAGAAUUGCAAAGUUCCCAACAUCGACGUCUACGUCGACGUUUUUCUACUCCCUUGACGAGGACUCCUUCACCGAUGCCUAUUCCGAAAUUCAAUCGUCAACAUCCGCCAGCGCAAAUGUUCAUCCUGACCACAAGAUUUACAGGGCGAGUUUAAGCACCGGAACGUUGUUGAAAAACGUAUUUUCAAAGAAGGGAAGUAUACUGCAUGGACUUAGGUCAACGGAGAGCAUUGAGACUCUUGGAUGCAGCGACGAGGCUGAGAGAGUCAGACAAUUUGGAACGAUCGGCAGUAACAAGGUGAAAAAGAAGAGUAAAUCUAAAUCUUCGAGGGAAAGUUCGUCGGACGUUGAUGAAAUGAUGAGCGGAUGCGUCGCUGGAGGGAACAACGGAUCUUCGUCGAAAUCUGCGUUGAAAGUUCCUUCCGUUUAUUACAAACAGGGAAGCUCCGGACUUGGUGCUCGCAUAGCACAAUCCGACUACGCAGAUCCUACUUUACUUUUUGGAGAUAGUAUUAUGAAGCGUACCGCGAGUGUUGGUGAUGGCUUGGAAUUCAAGAUGGAAUUAUCGGAGGAUAAAAAUGGUGACAAGUUUAUUUUAGAGCAUAGAGAAAAUGAGGCGGAUAGUUUUUACGAAAAGUCUUUCGAGACGAUAGAAAAUUACGUAAACCCCGAAACGGAAGAAGUGUUCAGGGACAGUGCAAUAUUUAGUGAUAUGGACGAGGCGAUAUCGGCCAAGACUGCACAACCUACUUCGGCUAUUAUUUAUAAAAAGAUUCCUCCAGCUGUGCCAAAAAUCGCUCCGCCAAUUCCGGUGAAACGUAAACCGGAAAUAUCAACACCCCCAAAAGUAUUUGCGAAAGUUGAAAAAUCAGAGGGAAAAGUUAAGCCCGCAGUUGCUCGAAAACCUAAUUACCUAAAAGUGAAGAGUGUCUUCCAGAGCGAACUGGAAAACACUGUUCAAAAGUCUUUGAGGAAAACUACUGGAACGCUGAACCGUAGUAACGUUGAGUUGGCGGAAACUAUUAACAGCCAGGAGAAACAAAUUGAGGGGGAUGAUGUUUCGGCAGGCCAGAGCCGAGCAGGUUGGGUGCGUAAAAUUGUCGGUCAAUUACAAGGUCAAGACGAUGCAUAAAUUAUAAGUAAAUUUGUCGAGUUACAAAUGUUUGAUAUGAACAUUUGAGAGUAAUCGGCAUAAUGAAAAGCGGAGCGGCUUAUUUGACUUUUAAAUUUGGGAUUUUUUCUUCUAAAAAACCUGACCAAAACCCACCAAAAACAAGUUCUUGACUUAUCGAGAACUGGCAUGCUACUACCAAUUAUGUUAUAGAAAAUUCAAUUAGCAUAAUAAUCCUUAUAGGUUUUUAUCACUGUUUUAUAAUCGAUAUAAGAAGUUACUGGUAGUAUUGUAUUAUAUUAUGAUAAUUUACUGCGAUGUAUUUUGUACGUACGUUACAGCUGUGAUGUCAACACAGUUUAUGAAACAUAACAGUAUUUAAU